UUAACUUUAAAGAGAUGGAAUCAGAGCUUUAGAUGGUGGAUGAAUUUAUAGCUGAUAAUAUUUCUGAAAUCAUUUAGUUAAAUUGUUUUAUUUCUUAGGAAAUGGUGUCAGAGUUGAAGAUGGUGGAUGAAUUCAUCUGUGAGGAGCUUUCAGAGAUGAAUGAGGAAAAGGAGUCAGAGUUGAAAAUGGUGGAUGAAUUCAUCUGUGGGGAGCUUUCAGAGAUGAAUGAGGAAAAGGAGUCAGAGUUGAAAAUGGUGGACGAAUUCAUCUCUGAAAAUGGAGGCUUGAAGGAUAGAGUUGCUACAGCUACAGCAAAACAGCAGAACAGAGGAGUUGGAGUCAGGAUCCAAAGGUUCCUUCAGAAAUACAGUGAGGGACGAUACAAGAGAGUUUCACCAGAGGAGUUACUGGCUGUUAAAGAGGAACUGAGAGAGCAGGAGACGGAUGUUACAGAGGUUCAAAAAUCUGUGUCAGAGGAGCAGAUUCAUCAAGUAAUGAAUGGAAAGGAAAGAGAAGUUAAGCCGGCACCAGAGGCUACCACACAGGUUGAUGAGCCGCUGCCCAUGGAUUCAGGCUCAGAGAAGGAGGAGCAGCAGUCAUUCAUCAGCCUGCUGGUUCAUGCACUGGUUAUACAGGCUGUUACUAAAUCAAAGAUGAGGUGCAAAUACACAAAGUUUCAACAAAUCACCAGGAGGCUGUCUGAGAAACUCUGUGCUGAGGUGGAGGGAGGAGAAUUUAAGAAGAACCAAAGUAGCCUGAAUAAGCUCAGCGCUGACAUCUUGAGAGCCUCCUGUAAAAAGACUGGCUGCUCACAUAUAAACCUUCUUUCAAUACUGGGCCAUAAGGACUCAAACGUAGAGGAGGCUGUACUUGCUGUUUGCAAAGAGAAAAUCCUGAAGACAGCCAAGGAACCCAUCCUGAAAAGGUUCUUCUCCUCUGUCGGCAAAGCCCUCUGCAAGCCCUUUAAAAAGGCCUGAGGGCAACCUGGAGUCAUCCGGUUAGAACACUACCUGCUAAAAUCUACACGGCAGGUUUCCAACCAGAAGUCUGGAAAUAAUCAACACAGCUACAUUCACUGACCAAACAUUUCCACCAAAUCUUCACCAAGUCGGCACCCAGUAGACAUGGUCUGAAUGGGACAUUAUUUAAUCCACAGGCAGACAGAUGGAUGAUGGUGUCAGAAAUGUUGACUUUCAGGAGGCCGCUACGUCAGAAAGGGCCACCAGAGAGCAUGAGUGGUGGCAUGGUGAGUGAAGCAGUGGUGUCACAGGCAGCUACCGGAGCGUCUGGCAGUCAGUCAGAGCAGCAGGUGAAGGUCAGUGGACACAGAGUCUGUCUCGCAGGCUCGUCAGACAGCAUCACCAGCACUUGAUGGAGUUGGAUGGAGUUUGUGUUGUGGGUUUGUGUGAGGAUGGCUUGUAGAGAUCCACUAGCCUAGCUGAUGGAGCAUACCGAUGUCUUGGUGAACAAUGCUGGAACCAGACAUCUGUAAGCCCCACAUGCUGCGUAUUUAGGCUGUUUGAGAGUUUAUUUGUUACCAUUGGUGAGCAUGUGGGAUAUACAGAUGUUGCAGCUGACCCAUGCUGGAACCAGACAUCUGUAUUUCCUCACAUGCUGCCAUUGAGCCUGGAAGGUCGUUUUGUGGCCUUGCCUGAAAUAUGCGGUGUAAAAUCGUCAUGGUUACCAAUUGUCAUGUUUAACGUAGGAAAAGGUAAGGGAAAAACUAAAACAUACACACCAGUGAAUCAUGACUUUACCCCCACCACCACCUCAAAGCCGGGCAUACACUGUACGAGUUUUUGCGCUUUUCGGGCUGAUUCUUCAGUCGUACGAGAAUUCUUUUGAUCGGGCCGAGUUUCAGCUUGAUCGUGCGUCCUGCGUAGUUUAGUAUACAAGGGCUACCAAGGGGCGAUUAGCCUCUCAACAUCUCUCUAUCAGGCUCCUCUCCUGUGGAACCAACUCCCAGUUUUUGUCCGUGAGGCAGACACCCUGUCUACUUUUAAGACUAAUCUUAAAACUUUCCUUUUUGACAAAGCUUAUAACUAGAGUGGCUUAUGUUGCCCUGACCUACCUAUGGGGUUGUUCUUCUAUGGGCUUAGGCUGCUGGAGGACAUCAGGGUCUAUUUUUCUCACUCUAUUAAGUUCUACUGUUCUUCAAUUAUGCAUUGCUUGUCGUCAUUUCUGCUUUUUGUUCUCUCUCUUUUUUUUCUUCAUAGUAGGUACAUCUGGUCUGGCGUUCUGUUAUCUAAGACAUUAUCCAGGGAAGACAGCUUUGGACAGCUAUUACCAUUUAAUAUAUAACAGAUUACUGGAUCAAUGUGUGCUUCUGUGCUUGUUUGUCUCUCUUGCUGUGUUUCUGCUCUGUCUUCUGUAACCCCCAGUCGGUCGAGGCAGAUGACCGUUCAUACUGAGCCUGGUUCUGCUGGAGGUUUUCCUUCCCGUUAAUGGGGAGUUUUUCUUCCCACGUCGGGACUUUGAUGGAAUCAAUUGGUUCCCUUAUAUAGGAAAUUGUUCCAC